AUGACGUACCACGGCUUUCCAUGUUUUUCCAAACGAGAGUGGCAAACAGAUCAGAAAGAAAGACAGGAGAUCACCAGAGGUCCAGAACUAAAGAGAGAUGCCAAAGUAAGAGAAUUAAUCUCACAGCAAACUAGAUUGGAUCCUGCUCACAUGGAAUUUUAUUUUGAGAAUAUUCCCUAUGCUCCACGUGGACCUGUAAAGCCUGCUGAUUUACCAGACACUAGUGAACAAAAGAAGUCAAGAGGAGGAAAUGUAUAUUUGUGCGUGAGGACAUGGAGAGUUUCACCACUUCUCUUGAACACAAUAUCAGAUACAUUCAUGAAAACUAUUGCAGAUUUAACUGAGACAGUUUUUGUUAUGGAAGCUAAGGAAAGAGGUAAUCAGUUAUUCUCUCAGAAGAAAUACAAAGAAGCAAUAGAGUGCUACUCGUCAGCUCUUGGAAAGGGUCAAAAAGAUCCACGACUUUAUGCUAAUAGAGCUCUGUGCUAUAUCAAAUUAGAUCAGUGGACUGAUGUCAUUGAGGACUGUCAUAAUGCCAUUCAGAUAGACCCAUCUAUUAUCAAGGCUCAUUUUUAUUUAGGACAGGCCCAACUAGAACUGGAAAACUUUGAUGCUGCAAUAGAGUCGCUUCAAACUGCAUUUGCUCUUGCCAAAGAACAGAGAAGAAAUUUUGGAGAUGACAUAGCUUGUGCUUUGCGAAUAGCAAAGAAAAAAAGAUGGCAUCAGUUAGAAGAACAACGUCUCAGAAAGAAGUCUGAUCUCCUUGUCUUAUUAAAUGAUUUACUGAGAGACUAUCAUGAUAGAGAAGUCCCUGAUUAUUUGUGUGGUAAAAUUAGCUUUGAGUUAAUGAGAGAUCCUUGUAUUACUCCAAAUGGUAUAACAUAUGACAGAAAAGAUAUUGAAGAGCAUUUAAACCGUGUUGGCCAUUUUGAUCCUGUCACUAGAACAAAGUUGACUACUGAUCAAUUGAUUCCUAACUUAGCUAUGAAAGAAGUUGUCGAUAUGUUUUUAUCAGAGAACGAAUGGGUAGAAGAUUACUGA